AUGAAAGUAAACGAAAAAGGACAGAUAGAUGAAAUAAUUGAAAUGGGACAAAAAGUGAUAGUGGAUUGUGGUGGUGGUGAUGAUGGUGAUGGUGGUGGUGGUGGUAGUGGUAGUUGUGGUGAUGGUGGUUGUGGUGGUGGUUUGGUCAAUUGUGCAACAAAAACUGGGCAAUUAAUCAAUGAAGCCAGUAGUAGUAAUCUCAAUGCUUUUCCAUCUUCUCCUCCUCUUCGUCUUCUUUAUCGAAAUGACAAAUUUGAUGCGACAAUGAUAAAUUUUUCAACUAUAAAAUUUCCUUGUUCCUUGCAAAAAUACAAAUCGUUUGUAUUUAUACCACACAUGAAAAGUGUCUUAUUGUUGUCAACUGUCAUUGUCAACCAUCAUUGUUAA